GCCUAACUGCUUAAGUGAUCAUACUAUCGAUACUGUUCGAUUACGUUUUUGUUUUUCUCCGUUUGACAGCAAAAUGCGCUAAAUUUAAUAUUCUCACAGAAACUUGUCUCUUUCGAUAUCGUUUAUCGACGAAAAAUAUAUGAAAUUCCACGGUGAACGAUCAAUUAAUACUCCAACAAACAUGAAUCCGUGCAGCUAUCGCAAUUAUAUGGACGAGAUGCUCCAAAUAAUCGACGAAAUUGAAUGCCGAAAACCCGAGCCGGAAGUGUGUAACGUCGGAUGUCCACCUUUAGGCUGUCCACGAGGACCUUGCCCAGGGAUGUGCUGUUACAAGGGGGAUUGCGAUCCUUGUUGCACAUCGCAAAUGCCUUGUUGUCCGCCACCUCCUCCGCCCCCUAAGUGUCGAGCACCCCCGUUGUGUUGCUUGAGAACCUAUGCCAAGGCAGUCGGCUACCCUCCCGAGUCUCCCCUUACUCCACCUUGCGUACGAUUGCGUUAUGAACUUUGUGCCAGUUUGCUCGACAAAAUUUGUCGUUCUCCACCAGCUUCCUCCUUCAUUUGCCCUUAUUACGCAGUCCCACCUUUCAAACCCUAUCCAUGCUAUUAAUUAAUAUACUUCGUGAUGUCUUACGACAAUUUAAUUGUCUUGCGAUUACAUUGAGAAUUCAUGUACGAAAGUUGUCGUAUAGAGGUGUAUUUGAAAUUCUCACGUGACAGCAGAGAUAAACGUUG